CAGGAGUCCUGGCUCCCACUCUGACGCUUUGCAGCAUUGACACACGAGAGGGGACCACGCAGAGACCUCCACACUCGUCUCCCUGGUGCCUAGCCGCCGAGGAGCUGCCCGAUCCCUGCUGCGGUGCCCAGAUUGGCUCCUUGCUGGCUGAGGCUGAGAAUCUAGGCUCAACCCUUCCUCCCGCCCCCAGCCCAGGCAGCCAGACCUGUCCCCACCUGCCUGGGUGUGGUCUGGGCCCUGCCCUACUUAACCAGCUGAGCCAGGGGAGGGCUGAACUGUGCUGCCUGUGCCUAGCUGUUCUGCCCUGGGGACCCACCACCCAGUUUCGGUUCCAGGAUGCAGCCAAUCACCACCGGCCUCCUGCUGCUCUUGGCAGCGGUGUUUCCUGUCCUGAAAGCUGAACACCCCAUGGAUCCAGCAAGCCCCUUCUAUUAUGACUGGCACCGCCUGCGACUCGGAGGGCUGAUCGCCGCUGGCAUUCUCUGUGCCCUGGGGAUCAUUGUGCUGCUCAGUGGAAAAUGCAAAUGCAAAUUUAACCGCAAAGCCAGCCGGCGGCCGAAUGAGCCCCUUCACCUCGUCACCCCCGGCACCGCCAGUAACUGCUGAACCACGAUGGUCCCGGUGCCAGGUCUCGCCCAGGGCGUUGGCUCCUUGCUGGGACGUCCCAUCCCCCCCUCCCCCGAUCUGGGGAAGCAGGAGGGGGAGAAGUUUUUUAACUGAACUUUCCACUCUGUGGAAUAAAAGUCUCCUGACCUUGAAA